CGUAUCUGACUUGUUUGAAUUCCCCGUUGUUACCGCUCUGUAGGUAAAGCAGUUUUUUAUUCAGCUUUUGACAGUUCAUGAAUGUUGACGGCACAUUGUUUAUUGUGAAUCCUGAAAAUGGGCAAAUCAAAGAAACAAGAAGAAACUCACAAAUCGCAUAAGAAAUCUAAAAAGCAUUCAAAGUCAUCACAAGAUUCGGCCAAGGAAUCGGAAGAUGUGUCCAAAAAAGUGAGCACUUUAAAACGUAAACAAACCGAAGUAGCACGUGUGCUACAACUUAAAUGCGCUAUGCUGCUUCAAGGAACUUUAUCAUAUUUGGAAUACACAGAAUUACGGGAAGAGUUAGUUCGUCUAAAUGCACUAAAGGUAGCAUUUGCGCAACAAGCCGCUGGCUUAGAAAAACACUAAAUUAACAUUUAAUGUGAUUCUUAAACUAAAACCUAUUUUUGUUGUAAGUCUUAUGUUGACGUUAUCAGAAUUUUAUAAAGUGAUUAUUUUAAAUUAGUUCUAUUCCAUAAUGUAUAGAUUAAAUAAAACCAUACAAAACAUAAAAAAUAAAAA